CUACUGUCACUGCCACGAACAUCAUCUUCCCUUCUGCCUUCUCACCGCUCUGCAACUUCCAGGCUCACCCCUUCUGAGUUUUCGAGGGGAUCCAAUGGUCAAGUGUGCCCCCACCGACACGUCACAGAGAAGAUGAUGCCGCUCAGCGAGAGCCAGGGGCAUGAGGCUGCAGGCGGCGGCGACGGUGGCUAUUUUGGGAGCGGCUCAGUCAUUAUCACCGAUUCGCCCUCUUCGUCACCCAGCUUGGGCGCCUCGCACUACAGCACGGCCCACAAGCAGCAACAGCAGCAACAGCAGAUCCAGCAGCCGGCACAGGCAAGACAUACACAGGUUCAAUACCUGUCGUCAUGGAGGAGCACGCCAGACGUGAGCGAUGUGCCGAGCCUGAGCCUGAGCAACUCGUCCUUCUCGGCCACCUCCGACGCCCCGUUGCCCUCUCCUGGCGGCAGGGGCCAGCUCGACUACGAGUUCAUUGAGACGCUCGAUCGCAUUCGGCGUGUCGCCUACAGGUUGGCGUUGCCUGUCGCCGAGGUCCAACGAAUCGUGGAUGUAGCACAGAGAUUGGCGAAUGGAACCGAGAACGCCGCGUUGGACGACAGCCUCCUCUUGUCGCGCUAUGGUCUCGACGCUGUUGUCUAUAGAGCGGUGCUCGAAGCGAUGCGAAGCGAUCAAGAACAGCAGAGAAGCCCGGCGGUCCCUUCGGCCAGAGCCACGUUGGAGAUGCUCUCAACUCCCCACCCGUCCGAUGUAUCGGCUUCGCCCCCUUCUUCGGCUCCCUCGUUUCCUUCUAUGCAGCAAUGGGGACCUGCCACGUCUGCAAGACGUCAGCGAUGGAUCACUUCCUCACCUACAUCGACGUAUGGCCAGCAGCAACAAUUACAGCAACAACACCAACACCAGCAGCAGCAGCAACUGCUGCGCACGCCACCCUUUCACCCUUCUCGGUCUCAGGCUCCUACUCAUACCCAGAAUCAUACCCUUCUUCCAUCGUACAGCUACAGAGAUGCUCCCGGUCGGCUUCGAUCGCUACCCACACGUUCUCACCGCUCGAUGGACGAUUACACAUCGACAUUGACAACCGCUACGGACAGCAGCAUUUCACAGAACAUUGAUCAUCACACAAUUCACCAUCUACCUCCAGCAGCGCCUUCGCUUCACGGUCUCUUUUCGCAGCAGGCGUCUCUCGUCUCUGGCGGCAGAAUGACGUCGCCACGAAUCGAUGAGGAGCGCGAUCGCUACGCUGUCAGAGAAGACACGCUCAAGCAACCAAGCUCGCGACAGUCGACGGCAACAAAGCCUCCUCAGAGAGGUUCCUCGACGAGCCAGCUCGUAGCAUCGCCAUCCUCGGCAUCGUGCGCUUCGCCUAGUUUGUCCGGAAGAAAGGCAUCGCGAAGGGCCAGCGCAGAUGUCCUGGGCCUGAGCAUGGACCACGGCGCAUCUCCGUCAGGAGCUUCCCGAGCCUCGUCACCUGCCAGUGCCUCUGCCUACGCUUUUGGCGCUGCGGCGGACGAGCGGUCCGGGUCGAAGCUCUCUCAUGACGAGAUUAUGGCCAAGCUUCAACGCAAGGUCAAGGAGCGAAUCGCGGCAAAGGCGGCAGCUGCUCUUACUGGUGCCGGUAGUCCUAGCAUGGGCAGCAGCAACAGUGGCAGCAGCAGCAAGCCAUCCUCACGCAACAGAUCGAGGUCACGGCCGCCCAGACCGAAGACUACGGGCGACGGCCAGACUCGAGGCUCGUCUAGAGGCAUGAGUGUCGACGAAGAGGCCAGAAUGAACGUCGACGAAGACCCCAGGAGCCCAGCUGGCAUCGAGGCGCUCCUCAGCGCAGCAGCCAUUGCCGAUCAUCAGCGCUUACCGUGACCUUUUACACCUCCUCACCUUCCCCCAAUUCUGCAUAGAGCAUCCACGGAUCAAAUCACUGCAUGUAUAUUUGUCUCACUGUUUUUCUUAAUUUCUCCCCCUCUAUCCUCUCUUUCUCGCAUCUCUUAGGAUCUCAUGUCAUGGAUUGUCAAUCAUACACUGAAUAAGAUUGAUUCAGGAG